AUGUUUCGCUCAUAUUUCAGUUUUGAGUGUUUUGUUCACCUUCAAGCCUUAAUUUUAUUAAAAGUAAAUGAACUGGAAAUGGACAGUGUUAUGCAGGCGUUGCCGAAAUUGAAUCAUUUGUUAACAUUCACUGUAGACAUUAAUCAAGGUGAAUAUAUUGGUGCCUAUCUUGUUAAUCGAUUAUUCAAAUGUAUUUGUGAUCACAUGCCACGUUUAACAGCACUUCACAUCAGAAAUAGAGAAGGUUUAAACACUGCCUUAACGAGCAUCUCGUCUUCGUCAAAUGUUGAAACUUUAUCUAUUGAUUUAAGGGGUUACCUAGAUUUAGGAAUACUGGACGUGUUUGCGCCAAAAGUAAAAACAUUAACAUUAAGCAUUAAAUGUGCAAAUAACUGUGAUGCAGUUCUUCUACCAAAACAUACAGCGUUCCAAUAUGUUACUCGUCUCACACUGAACACACCACCAUUAGACAAUUUCACGGUUAUUCGCUCAUAUUUAACUAUAUUUCAACAACUAAAACGAUUAAAAACAUCUUGGACAAGUGUUGACGCCAACGAAUGGAAAGAUUUGACAUGUGACAGUCUCGAAAUCAUCCAGUUUAACCGUAUAUUUACUGCUCUUGAUCGUAAUUUUUAUAUACUGAACAUUCGCAAAUACGCGAAAGAAUAA